CCUCUGCUUUGUAUCAGUAACUAACUCAGCCCAAAAAUGCCUACUUAUUGGUGGCCACCCCUGGUUUGGGUGGUUGUAUUAUUAUGCUGCCUUGAUUGCUGAGAGGGUAUAUAAUUGACUGCGUCGCAUGCAAGCGUUUGUAUCCAUACCCUCCUUAUGUGUGUGUGUGUACAAACAUAUACAUACAACAACAACAACACCCGACGUCAACUGUAGCCGAACGUUCAAAGCUACAUGAAAUUAACAGCCGACAAUCACUUCGUCUGCCAGGCCCAAUUCAGUUGCGUUCAGUCCACGUCGGCGUUUACGUCUUCGUUCGGUAAAUGGUGUGCUCGUUCUCGUCGUGCCGACAGUAGAAUAGAGAAAGAAAUUACUUGUACAAAGCCAAAAGAAAACAACAACAACAGCAAAAAAGAAGAAAACAUCAUAAACUGUGUUUUUUACAAUUGGAUUUCUUCUUCGUGUGAACGGAAAAAAGAAAAACAAAUUUUGUGGUUCAAAAUAGCGAGUUCGCUGUGCAGUAGCAGUAGAAUAGUGCCCAUCAUCACCUAAUCAUUUCCGUCGAGGAAGAAAAAAAUAGCACUCAUUGACGUUGCGGUGUAUACCACUACAGCGGAUACAGCAGUCACUGGUACAGCCAGCUUACUUUUUUUCGUCGCUGUCUUUUUGAUGAUAGGAGAACCAUAUUUUAGGCGCUUAACUUUGCUGCAUCGUCGCCAACAAUUGGAAAACAAAAGAAACGGCCACUGAGGCAGCAGUCAUCAUCAUCAUCAACAUCAUUCUUAUCAGAAGAAAGGCAAAAAAACCUAAACAAAAACAAAGAAUUGCAGCAGCUUUCGUAUUCCAGCAUAACAAAGGGAGACUGCAACAACAACGGCGACGAUUCUCUCAAAAUGGAUGCCAAAAUUGAUCCAGCUUUGGAACAGCAGUUCGACUUGAAUCUAAUCGAGGCUGUUAAAAUGAAUCCAGUCAUUUAUGACCGCUCGCAUUUCAAUUACAAACACUUUGUGCGUAAGGCCCAGACUUGGAAACAAAUAGCCGAAUCUUUGGGAGUGCCAGAACAAAAAUGUACAAAACGUUGGAAAAGUCUGCGUGACAAAUUUGCACGUGAGCUGAAAAUAAGCCAAGAUUCACGAUGGCGUUACUUCAAACAAAUGUCAUUUUUAAUGGAAUCCAUACGUCAGUAUCGUGAAUCACUAUUGGGUAAAGUAUCAUCGGCCGGCAUACAAGGUAACACCACCAACACAGUUACGGCACAAGUGGAGGCGCCACAACAAACCCAUCAACAUCAACAGUCACAGCAACAAGUGGUCGAUUUGUUUACGACACCUUUUAAUGGCAGUGCUACCAUAACCACACAAUCCCUGACAGGACAUCCACAUGCCAUCUUGGUUACUGGCGACGCUGCGCAAUUGGCUGCUGCCAACAAUGCUGUUAAAGACCAAAAGACCUACUAUUAUGAGCCGGUGAUGAAACGCGAACGCAUUGUUGAAGAUGAUCAGCAACAACAGCAGCAGCAGCAACAACAGCAACAGGCAGCGCAGCAACAACAACAGCAUCAUUCCGAUAUGCUCAGUUCCAUAAAAAUAUUCCAAAACAGCAUUAGCCAAAACGUGAGCGCCGAAGACCAAUCUUUUGGCGUGGUUGUCACCGAUAUGUUGAAUACGCUGGGCGUAAGACAGAAAGCAGAGGCCAAAGUUCAUAUAAUAAAAUAUCUCACCGACAUGCAAUUGCUGGCUCAACACAACAAAUACUGAGAUACGGUUAUAACAUUAACAGAUAAAACAUGCACAACAAUGUUCUCAUUCGUGCCACAUCACUCGGCCACAGACAACAAAGCCGUCGUCACCGAUGCUACAAAUGGUGCUGCGGAUGUGGGAAGGCAGGAGCUAGAAAAUACAGACAACUAAGAAAAGAAGAUUUAAACAGAACAUUGGCAUGCAAAAACUAUCAUACUAGUCAGAGAUCUUUUAAAAAGAUGUAAAGACUAGAGAUGGAGGAGGUCGGCGCAAUUGCAACUUUUAUUUUCGAUGUCAGGCCGUGUGAUAUAUAUAUAUUUUUUUUGCAUUUGAAAAAGGCAACUAUCCUUAUGUUAUGAUGUAAUCUAUACGAGUGAUGCUUCACACAGAGAAUACUAAUAGUACUGCCAUAUACACAACAUAUAAAAAAUGAGAUAAAAACAAUUAAUGUGCUGGGUUUUGUAUUGUAUUUACAAAGCAAUACCACAAUACAAUAACAAUCAUAAUGUAAAUACCUAUUUUAUAACUUUUACUUUUAAGAUUACCUAAUAUUGUAUCUUUAUAUUAGACGUUAAGUAUUUAAUAUUAGAAAUAGAAAUACAUACUGAUGAAUAUGUAGACAA